CCAAACAACUGUUGGUUCCGCUUCACACCCGUGUCCUUCAUUCAACCAGGCUCACAGAUAUGUGGAUGCCUCGUGGAUUUUGUAAUGUCCCAUGCUCUGAUUUACAUUACGCGCGAUGAAUGUCACAUGGGGUUUGCUGGCGGUUCUGGGUCUGGUGUGUCACUCCGAGUCGAGGUGCUCACCGACCUCUUACUACAAGAACUGCUGGAUCAGGCGUUUUCCGGGCAUUUUCAUCGACAUCGAGGAAUCUCAGAGGAGAGGAGCUCAGCUUUUAAAGUCUUACCAGGAGGAGACUGCGCUGAAAUGCAGCCGAACCUGCUGCCUCACCAGAAACUUUUCCUGUAAUCUGGCCAUUUUUCACUACGAAACCUCUCCAGAAAACGUGAACUGUUUCCACCUUCACUGCCCAACACUGGAGAGCUGUAUCCUGAGCCACAGAGGAAACGUGGUUCUCUACAAUAUCACCAAAGGUGUAGAUCCUGACCUGUUGGUGUUUGGAAAAUACUUCACCUCCAACGUACGAGUGUUACCUCACCACUACGGCCGACUGAACAUUUCAGAGCCGCUGCCCUCAGACAAACGACAGUUCAUCCAUCCACCUCCACCUGCAGCCCUGCCCCAGACUUCUGCACUCACAGUUAAACCCCCAACUACAGCAAGCAGAGUGCGAACAACCCCCUUCACUGAAACCAUCACCACUGUGCAUAGCACCAGUCAGCUGUCUACAGUUCCCACAACUACACCUGCCUCAUUUUCAGCUCCAAAGACUCUGCUGUCUUCAGGGACCCAUGUGCAAACUACAACCCCAAAAGUCUCCAUCUCUUCUCCUGCCCCCGGCUUUACUACGCCUCCACCAUCCACUUCAGCACACACCCCUCACCCCCACGACCCCAAAACCACUCCCAUGUCUUCCACUACAGCUGCACAGCCCUCCGGAUCACCUAUUGCUAGUCACAGCGCCACUUUCUCUUAUAAAUCCACCACGGCUUUAAUGGGAAAUAUAGAGAGCAGCAAACAAAACCCCAACGACACUAAAGGCAGCCUGGGGAGGAACAGCACAACAGGGAAUGAGGGGGGACAGGGAGUCAGUGGAGAGGACACCUUUGGGAGUUUGGGGCCUGAAUGGCACGUAGCUACUCACACCCUGCUGGUCGCCGUGGUCGUCUGUAUCACGGUGCUGCUGAGCUGCUGCUGCUCCUUUCUGCUGGUGGUGAGCUGGAGGGGGCAGAGGAAGAGGAUGGGGCGAUAUAGGACGUCAUGGAGGGGGAAAAGAGGCUCCAUGCGUCUGAUAAAGUACGUGCUGGUCAGAGAAAACACCUGAAAGUGGAACAAAUGAUGGCACCAGCAUUUCCUUUUUGUUUACAAGGCACUUAAAGAUUUUACAGUUAUUUGACGAUUAUACCACACCAGAACCCAGGAGCGAUGUCUGAUGACAAUUUGUCUUCUGGAAGAAAUUACCUAACUUUUGGAGCUUUCCAUUACUUACAGACCUGAGAAAUGAAGACUGAGUUGGUGUUGCAUGAU